GCCGCCUCCAGCCCGAGACCGCGAAAGAAGCGGAGGAAGUGCAGGCGAGUGCGGCGGGGGGAGGCGGCCCGAGCGGUCCGCGGCCCCGGGACGGCCUGCCCGAUCCCGCAGCCCUCGGCCUGUGCCCGUCUGCGUGUCCGUCUGUCUUUGUGUCUGCCUGGUGAGAGCUGUGCUGCCCGGGCCGUGUUGCACACAUAAAGCCUGUCUGUGUGCACGCACCGCAUUCCUGUGUCUGUUGUGGGGUCCGCAGGCGGAGCAGCCCGGGGCUUUUUGUGCCUGGGGGUGGCCGGGCCUGCACCGCUCGGGCCCGGGCUCCUGCGGGCGGGUCGGAGCCCGAGGAGGAAUGCGAACUGCCCCAAGCGUGGUGCGUCCUCCAGAGGAAGGGCGCGGGCUCAGGACCCGUUUGCCACAUAGCCCGUGGUAAUGGGUCAGAUUUGGCAGUCAGCUCUGUGGGGUAUGAGUAACACACGAAUGUGGCGGAAGGCAGUUGUCUUCUUUGUGCCCACUCCCCUUGGAUGUGGUCUGGUCACCUCACUGAGCAGCUCUUGUGUUGUCUCUUUCAAUUCCAGCAUCCCAUCCAUUAACCUGACCAGCUGCAAGUACGAGAGCGAGUCACUUCUGUGUUAUGUGUUUACUGUUUGUAAGCGACUUGGAUCCCUGUGGAGGUUCUACGCUUCGGGCUGAGGAGCUCUGUGCUUUAAAGAGACCCAAAGUACAUAGCAGCAGUGCAAGUCCUCACCACCCUGUACAUCUCUAUGACCCACAUCUCUGCUAAAAUUGUUGGGAAGGGUUUCGCCAGAGGCAGUUACAAUGCAGGACUGGUACCUGUGCUUGGGGAAAUGAAGUGAGAGCUACAGACAGUUAAAGUUGAAGCAGGUGGUGCAGCAGGCUGGAUCAGUACCUGCGAUAUCUCUUUGAUAUUCAUGUCGAAUGACAUCCUCUGGGUAGCUGCUUCAUGCUCGUGUCUCACUCUUCUUUGCUGCCACAAGCUGUUUCUCAAAAGAACAAUUUGAUGGAUGUUAUUAGUCAAUUUGCUAAUGACUACUCUAGCAUUACUGCCAUGUUUGCAUUGCUAAAGGUCGCAGCCUUGUCAGCUGUGUGAGGAAUGCUGUUUUCAUGCAGAGUGACACGUGUUUCACCUGCGGCCAUGCUCAGGCACUUUGGUGAUGGGAGUUAGAUGACAAUCCACGACAGAACAUGGUGUGGCAAUGUGAGCUCUGUAGGAACCAGGACAGUUUCAUGCCCACCUCCAGUGCUCUGGUGCCCAGCGCUGCUCUUUGUGGUGCUGCUAUGCUAUGCUUGGUCAGCCCAGAAUAAGCAACAAGGCAACAGCCAAUGCAUGGCGGCAGGGUUAUGAUAGAGGAGGGCUCUAACAGCCUCAAUGGCAUGUGGGCUGUUGGGCAGUUUUGGCCACCUGGCUGUGAGUGUGUGGAAAGACAGAGGCUUCUGACUUUGAGGUGCCCCUUGUGUUUUCUGGCUGGCCUCAGUUUCAUAGCAUGGUUCCUUCAUCAGCCCCUCAGCUCUAUAAGAGGACAAAUUCAGAAUUGGCGCCAACACUAAUCAUUCCAACAACAACCUUCCACCCAAAGCUCGUGCAUUCUGCUACUGAUUAGCCUUUGGUUUUGAAGGUGAAACUAACACCUUUCAAAGACUUGUGUCUGGCUGUUUGGCAUCAAACCCAGGGCAGAUUCAAGCCUGCUGUAGUCUAGGGGAUGUUCUGGAACCCCAAGGCAAAUGGACUUGCAGGGCCGAUGGUUCCCAGUAUACCUGCAGGCAGAGGCUGUGGCAAGUUUAGCUGGAUAGAGUUUGUGUUUCUGAUGUCUCCUGAAGGGUCCUGCUUAGACCUUAUCACCGCUGAGGGUAGCAGUGCAGCUUGAAGAGUUUUGCCUACCCUCCUGUUUACUCUGGGGAUUUAACUGUCCCUGGCAUUUGUAUCUUCUUCCUGGACCUUUGUCAUGUGCUUCCUUCCACACAGUGCGUCGUGCUGCACUAUGCUGUGGGCUGAAAGAAGUGGGAGAAAACGAGGACUGGACGGUGUAUUGGACUGACUAUUCAGUCUCUCUGGAACGUGUCAUGGAAAUGAAACGGUUUCAGAAAAUCAACCAUUUUCCUGGCAUGAUAGAGAUCUGCCGUAAGGACUUGUUGGCUCGCAACCUUAACCGCAUGCUCAAACUCUUCCCCAAGGAGUACAAUAUUUUUCCCCGUACGUGGAGCCUGCCAGCUGACUAUGGAGACUUCCAGGCCUACAGACGCAGGAGGAAGAACAGAACAUUCAUCUGCAAGCCAGACAGUGGCUGCCAAGGUCGAGGUAUCUUCAUAACACGUAAUCCAGAAGAGAUCAAACACGGAGAGCAUAUGAUCUGUCAGCAGUAUAUCUCUAAGCCUUUCCUUAUUGAUGGCUUUAAGUUUGACAUGCGUAUCUAUGUGCUGGUCACAUCUUGUGACCCACUGAGGAUUUUUGUCUACGAGGAGGGUCUGGCCCGGUUUGCUACCAUGAGGUACAUCGAUCCCAGCAGGAGAAACCUGGGUGAUAUCUGCAUGCAUUUGACCAAUUAUGCUAUCAACAAACGUAAUGCAAACUUUGUCCAGGAUGACACGAUGGGCAGUAAGAGGAAACUCUCCACCCUGAAUGCCUGGAUGAUGGAUAACAGCUACAACACAACAAAACUCUGGGAAGAUAUUGAAGAUAUAAUUAUAAAGACUCUGAUUUCAGCUCACCCUGUGGUGAAGCACAAUUACCAAAGCUGCUUUCCUAACCACACUACCAGCUGUGCCUGUUUUGAGAUACUGGGUUUUGAUAUUUUGCUAGACAGAAAUCUGAAACCUUGGCUACUAGAGGUGAACCACUCUCCCAGCUUCACCACAGACUCUCACCUGGACCAUGAGGUAAAGGAUGCUCUCCUGUUUGACACCAUCAACUUGAUAAAUGUGCAUGCCUGUAACAAAAGGAAAAUGAUGGAGGAAGACAAGCAGCGGGCAAAGGAACGACUCCUCCAGGCUCAUCGGACUCCUCAUGUAUCCAGACAUGAGGAGUCAGAGAGCAGCCAGGCAGCCUGGCUCUCUGAGGCAGAGGACUAUGAGAACUCCCACCUGGGCAGCUACCGGCGCAUUUACCCAGCAUGUGGAACUGACAAGUAUGAGCCAUUUUUCAAGCAGAGCAGCUCCCUCUUCAAGGAGACGGUAUCAUCCAAAGCACGAGAGGAGUGUACCAGGCAACAACUGGAAGAAAUUCGCACAAAGAAAGAAAAGUUAGAAGCUGCUAACAGCAAGAAGAAAAAAGAGAGGAAGGAAAGGCUGCAGGGAGAGUCAGCCACAGAUAAAUCCACAGUCUAUAACAAAACCCCAGCUUCUGCAACCCACCUCACCUACAGAAGCAGAAAGAUGUGUGAGAAAAAGACAGAGCAUGUGCAGUAUGACUCCAUGCAGCCCCAGGAUAUUCUGGAAAAUGAAGAGAAGAAAAGAGUGAAUGCUCUUGCAAGACGUAAGAACCUUAUCCAAGGCCUGGGCAUCGUAGAUCAGCUCUCCCGGCUGCUUCCCACAACUGAGAGAUCAUCUGACACCCACAGAGCCUGCACUGUUACCUCCGAGAUCCAGACGCAGUUUCUUUGGGACACGCUGCAGGCACAGCAGCCUGGCCCCUUGAUGACCAUCAUCCCCCUCUCAUUCCCAAGAGGCACCGCAUGGCCUUCAGGACAGCCGUCUGCUCACAAGCACAGCACCAGGGCACAGCUGCAGGCUGGCCAGCACCCUGCCCUGGAGACCCUCUUGGUUCGAGGGCAGAGCAUCCCUUUCCAAGAGCAGCACACAGUGCAGUGCAGCCCCCAGCCCCAGGACAGGGGCUACCCGUGGAGCCAGGCUGCAGAGCCAGCAGCAGUUACCCAGCCCUGCACUAAAAUCAGGGGAAGGCCGAUGAGCGCCUGGCAGCUCUCUGCAGCCAGAAACAAGGCGGAAGGAUGUGACAUCAGACGGCCGCUCUGCCUGUGCAGUGCUCACCCUGGCUCGUUGGGAUGCCUGGCCCGUGCAGGCAAGGCCAUGGGGGAUGGCAGCUUCAGCGGUGUGACAGCCCAGCAGUUCUUCGUAGCCUCUGCUUCCCUCAUGCUGCACACACGUGCCACGCACUGCGCCAGCGCCAUGAAUUUCCGCGACGUGAGCACAGGGCACGGAGGCGGCGGAAGGCGGCGCGGCUGCGGCGGGAGCUGGGCGCGGGGCGCGGCGCCCCCGAGCGGACGCUGACCUGGGAGGCGAUGGAGCAGAUGC